CUUUUCUAUGCAUCGCAAUGGCCAGAUGGUAUCAAAGGUCAUGAGAACUGGCCCUCGUCGGCAAAACAAAGCUGUUAAGCAGCAAGGACCACGCUCAGAGGUCGGCCGACAUGAAAGCAAGAGGACAGCGGACUCCGAUCCUGCCGCAAUAUCGGUUGAUGGCAAUUUGAUCCCGUCUGGAGAAUCUCAGCUCCAUCUUGACGAUAGUCCCGUGGGCAUAACGGACUCGGCAAUAAUCUCUCAAUUGACCAUGAAUCAAGAUGUCAUCACGCUCACAAACCAGGCGCCGUUUGUAAUGCAGCAUUCCACUACAAGCCCAUCUCCAAGCUCUGUCGAUCGGGACCUUAACGAUUCUGUUUCACCAGGGUCGGCAUCGGCUGCGACUAGUGAGAUGAGCGAUGAUGCGGGAAUAUCACACCAGAAUAACAAAAGCUCGGCGGCAUGCAACACCGAGGUUUCGGAUCUACAGAAUCACCUCACUGUGUCUUUCGCCUCAUCUAGUACAGAGACAGAAGCCACUGUGUUGCCUGCCCAUUGUGGACCAGAAGAUUUCUUCGUUGAUGAUGCCAUAUCAGAAUCCUGGCUGCGUCUUCAGGACAGCAACGACGAGGAAACCUCAGAGAUUAGAAUCACUGUGGAAUCGGAGACCGCAAGCCGUAUCUUGUCCCGGAUCAGCGGCACUCCGUCUGUGCCGUCUUCAAUUCCCGACCCUUUCGACGACUAUCUGUUCUGCCACUAUAUGCAGAAUCUUUCUCUUUGCCUUUACCCCAUGAGGCCAGAUUGCAACCCGUACCGUGACGUCUACGGCGACCUUGCAGUGCGUUCCCACCCGUUACGAAACACAAUACUAUUUGCCUCGGCAUCCCAUCUAGUAAACUUGGGAAGAUUGCCCAAAUUCGCUCUUCAACCAUACCGCAAGGCCAUGAGAGUGGCGUUCCGAGAGGGUAUAGCCAUGGAGACCGACCUCGAAGGACUCGCCGCUACAGCUCUACUGUCGGUAGUAUUUGAUGUUAUUGAUACUGGCUUGGACACUUGGAGUACGAGACUUCUUGGGUGCCGUCGUCUACUUAGAAACGCCAUGGACAAAUCGAAUGGAACCAAUGGACGGUUUCUGCAAUGCAUGAUCGUUCAAUACAAUUGGGCUGCUACUAUGAGCCGCACACUUCUUAGGGAUGUUGUGUCUCAGGAGAUACUUGACGAGAUUGGAACCGUCAUCCACGUCCCUGGACCGGAUGUGGAGGUUGAAAGCACGCAAGGGGCCAGAAUACAGUCCCUCUGGUGGCAUAAUCUCCCUGAUCAUGCUAUGCACCUCAUGUUCCGUGAGGUGACGGAUCUCGCUGCCCAAGUCCAUCAGAUGAAAGCAUCCCACAAUUCAGUGGACGACACUCUCAAACUUAUGGCUCAAGCCGGCGAGCUCGUUCGGAGCCUGGAAAAUUGGACCCCAGACGUGUCGAUGGUGGAUCAAGAGUACACAGAUUCCGUCGAGCAUUUUAACGCCAUAUGGCAGCUUGGAUUACUUUGCUUCAUCCACCACGAAAUUUACACUCUCGAUUCCAUCGACCCUCGCAUCCAGAAAUAUGUAGCCAUGGCUAUCGAACCUCUCCGGAAACUCUCAUGGCUACAGGCCUGUCUUUUUCCUCUUUUCAUGCUCGCGGUGCAUGCUCAGACAUCCGAAUCUCGGUCGGCGAUCGAAGAUUCCCUCAAUUUGGAGCUACUCUGA